CACCGAGCCUCUCUGACUUCCAUGGUGACGAAUCCAAACCGGAGACCAUCCAUCGGCGCUCUUUUCAAACCCCUUUACCGCGGAAACAUGUCAACCAAAAGAGUCAAUGAUUAUCUGGCUAUAACGAAGAAAUGCAUCUAAUAUUAUAAUGAGGGCAGUACAAGUAGUCGGUCCGACAGACGAGACGUUUACGUCGGUGAUGUAGAAUAACACUGACGGUGUAGUAGCUGGCGUUAGCCGUGAGGAAAGCGGUGUGCUGCACGGACGUAAGCUUCCGCACCACAUCACAGCCAUGACCAGCAGCGCAGAGAGGAAAUUCGUCAACUUGCGGAAACGUCUGGAUCAGCUGGGCUACAGACAACCACUGGGGAUAGAGUCCCUGCCACUGGUGGAGAAACUCUUCAGUGACCUGGUCCACACGACUGAAAGCCUCCGCAAUGCCAAGCUGUCCGCAGGGAAGACCGAGAAAGAAAGCCGAAACUUUGAUGCUCUCCUCGAGCCGUAUAGGACAGAAAAUGCCCGGGUGGUGAGGGAAAACAACGAGCUGCACCUGGAGCUGCUAAAGCUGAAGGAGGAGAAGGAGCGUGUCUCCAGAGAGCUGAAGGCCCACGUCAGGAAACUGGACCACGAGACGUCAGAUCUGAAGUUUUUAAAUAAUCAGUAUGUGCACAAGGUCCGCUGCCUGGAGAAGGAAAGCAAGGCUAAGGCCGAGCGCAUCCAGCAGCUGCAGGAGAAGAACAUGCAAGCUGUUGUGCAGACGCCAGGUGGGAAAAAGCGCAGUAUUCCUUUCAGACGGCAGAGAAUGCAGAUUGAUGAGCUCGUACCUCCCUCUUCUACUUCAGCCUAUCCUGUGCUGCAGCCCGACGAUCCGUACAUAGCCGAUCUGCUGCAGCUGGCAGAUGGAAGAAUUCAUGAGUUACAGGAAGACAUCAUCAAAGUCAAACUGGACCUGGAAAAUGCUCAGCGAUGUAUACAGCAUUUAAACACUCAGGUGGAGGAGAGGGACAAAGAGAUCGCACGUCUCAAUCGUAGUCUUAAUGGAGGACGACCUCACGAUGUAAUUUCCCUGGAAGCUCAGAACAUCAGCAACGAGAAACUCAUCGCUCAUCUCAACCUUCAGAUUGAGUACCUACAGGAGACAAACAGGACACUGGAGGAUAAGAUAGAGGGACUGCAGCAGAAGAAGGAGGAUGCCUCCAAUGAAGUAGCCAAUCUGUCUUUAAAGAACCUGGAGCUGUGUGAAGAGCUGACGCACAUAGACGACCUCGCAAUGAGGCUGGAGAUGGACAAGGAGCGAGUGUUGGAAACCGCUGACAUGGAGCUACAAGAAACUAAAAAAGAAAUUCAGAGGCAGCAGAAAAUAAUUGAAGACUUGGAGGAUAUUAUCACAAAAACAAGAAGGGAGCAGUCAGAAGGUGACUAUGAAAAAGACCGCCUUAGCGAUCAGCUGGUAGAGCUCAAAGAGCAGAAUGAGAAGAUGGAAGGACUGGUCAACUUCCUGGAGAAUGAGAAAAUCCGACUGCAGGACAAAGUAGAAAAAUUAAUGGCAGCUGAGAAAGACCUGGUGCUGGAGUUGGAGACCAUGCGUACCAAAUAUGGUGUUUGUGGGAGGGAACGCUCUCCAUCUCGUCUGGAUGCGUUUGUCAAGAGUCUAGAGGAGGAGAGGGAUUAUUAUCGCCUAGAGGCAGAACGCUACAAAAGAAUCAGAGGAGUAGCUGGUCUGGAUUUAAGCCCCAGUCGCAGUCCAACCAGAGGCAGGAGUCCAAGGUCCAAAGUAAUCAGGGGAGGUGUUCCAGAGGCAGAACUGGCUCAUUUAAUUAAGGAAAGAGACGAGCUGCAGGCUGCUCUGCUGGACUUUGAGAAGCACAUGGUGGACAUUCAAAACGAUGUGAAGGCUCUCAGCGCUGAGAGAGAACAUUUCAAAGCCCUGUUUAGACAAGCUCAAGACGACCUAAAGCUGGCCCACAGCUUAGAUAUGUCAGCUGACGUCAUGAAACUGCAGGAGGAGCUGAAACGGGCAGAAGUAAAACUUGAACAACUGGGCACUGAAAGAGACACACUGAUGGAGAGGCUAAAGGUUGCCCAGACAUCUGCUGUCACAGAGAGACAAGGAGAGGAGAGGAGGAUUCUUGACCUCGAAAACGCAGUGAAGAGCCUGGAGCGGGAGAGGCUGGACCUGCGGGCUCAGGUGUGUCUACUGAAGGAGAGCAGGGAAGCGGUAGAAGAGGAGCUGAAGGCUCGGUCUACUGUUCUGGUCCACAAUGCAGAGGAGGUCGCACAGCAGAGAGCUCAAUCUAAUGCCCUGAGGUUGCUACAGGAGCAGAUGGAGCAGUCGCUGUCUGAUACCCAGCACAGGCUGUCUGUGAAGAUGAAUGAGCUGCACGCUGCCCACGAGCAGAUUGAAAAACUUGAAGAGAGAAUAGGGGAGCUGAGUCAGCACGGCUCCAAGCACAAAGAGGAAGUAGCUGCUCUUCACAAGUCGAUCUCUGCCCUGGAUAGAGAGAAAGAUGCUCUGCAGGAUGACGUGGAUCAAAAGACUGAAAAACUGGUUGUUGUCCAGGAAGAGCUGUCCAAGAAGGAAAAGACCCUUGAAGAUAUGCGACUCACCGUCAGAGAUAUGGACACCUCAGUAGCCCAACUGCAAGGAGCUGUAAACAGCCGCGAGCGGGAGAUAGCCAGUCUGAGGAGACAGCUGGACGCGACACAGGAGGAGCUGGUCGGACUCAGGAGAGACAAAGAAAUCACAAUCAGAGAGAACAGGAGGCUGCAAGAUGACCUGGCCACGAUGACCAGAGAGAACCAAACUGUACAUGUGGAAAUGGAGGAGGCUUUGCAUGAGAAGGACGAGCUGAAGCUGAGGGUCCACUCUUACAUUUCUGAAGUGUCCAGAAUUGAAAAACUGAUGGCCACAAAGGAGCAGGAGAACAGGAAUUUGCUGGAGCGCUUCAGGAUGGCCCACUCUGAGGUGGAGGAGCGGGAGCAGAAGUUGCAGCAGGCUGAAGGCCUCAAUAACUCCAUCCGUCUGGAGCUGCUCUCCUCAGACUCAGAGCGUAGACGCCUCCGAGAUACCGUUGGAAACCAGGAGAGAGAAAUCCAGCAGCACAUUCAGGCCCUGCAAGCUUACGAGGCCCAAGUAUCCUCCCUGGUGCGGGGGAUGUCCCGACUAGAGGAGGAGCUGCACAAAGCACAGGAGGAGAAGGCCGCCCUCCUCUCGGACCUGGCUUCUGUCAGGGAGCUUUGUGUCAAGCUGGACUCUGGCAAGGAGCUCACCGCACGUCAGCUUACCUCCAAAAGCAUGGACCUCGAGAGGGUCACUGGAGAACUGGAGGAUGUUCGGUCGGAAGCUGAACUUCUUAAGAAGCAACUAGCCAGCGAGAGGCUGACCGUGCGUAACCUCGAGACGCUUCUCUCCACCAAUCGACACAAGGAGUUCCAAACUCAUCUGACAGUGAGCGAGAGGGAGUCGGAGCUCAAAGUCCUACGCGACAGGCUCACCCUGGCCGACAGCAAAACUGCAGAGCAUGUCAGGGAGGUGUCCCAGCUCCGUGGCAAAGUGUCUCAGCUGCAGACAGAGAUGGAUGUCCUGAAAAGACAACUGACCACUGAGCGCUUUGAACGAGAAAGAGCCGUUCAGGAGAUGCGCAGACAGGGUUUGUCUUUCUCGUCGUUGCGGAGCUCUUCGCCGCUCAGUUCCUCUGGCAGCAUUCAUCAGAUCUCCCCAGAACGCUCCAUCCUCCGAAGCCUCGACCGCUCCACUGACAAGUCAGCAGACAAGUAAGACUUCGGACACGAAGACAGAGUGUGAGCUUCAAGGAUUAAAGACAAAUGAAGGCGCUGAUGAGUGAGUUAAAAAACCACUAGAAGCUUGAAGAACCGAAUCUGGACACGAAUUGUGAAGGUCUCCACAAACCUCGACAUGACUUAGCCCGUAGCGUGACCUCGUGCCAUUUUAUUGUUCCGUCCAUGCAGAGGUAGUCGGGAUGGAAAAAUGCCCAACUAAAUCAAAUGACCGUCCAUUUGAACAAUUUAUUUUUCUAUCUAAAUGUCCAACUUCUCAUUAAACCUUAGUUACGCCCUGUCAGUACGUCGACCAGCCACUCGUACAAACAGGAUUCAGCUCGGUGAGUUAGCUCACGUGUGAACAAUUACACGUGUGUCGAGAAAUGUUUUGUGUAUUAUGUUUAAUAUGUUUUUUUUACGAUGUUUAAAUUAUUAAAUUAUUCAAUGAAUAAAGCCAUACAUAAACCAGAAACGGCAAA